UCCGUCAGAGACCUGUCCGAUGUUUGCGGGUUAGGUAAGUUUGUAACGUUGUGUCACGUGGUGUAGUUAGGUAAUUCCCUGACGUAGUCAUGUCACAUGGUAUUUGUGAGAAAUUCCCCCUAUUAACGUACAAUCAAGGCGGGGAAUGAGGCCGAGUAGUAGAAGCCAUGUGUUCGUUGUGAUUCUCUGCUGCUUUGGUAUUCGAUGAUAGAACUUUGUUUAGUCGCGCGGUCCCUUGUAACUUUUCAUUCGAGACUUUGGAAAAAGAACGAUGAUUUCACCGCAUGUCUUGCCGGACUACUCUGUUCAGACUUGUUCUUUCGCUUUUGAUAGUAAUUUCUUCGCAGUCGUUGUUUAACCGGAAAUAAAAUGACGUGAAAACACUUUCUUUCGGGUUAAAAGGCAGAAUACUGAAUCCAAGAAUACUUACAUAAUAUGACGCAUAAACGCGAACGUUUAUACUUAUGCCAUUGCAUAUAUAAAUCGUCAACUACAAUUAUAACAAUUGUUUAGUGUAAUUAUGGCACGUGCCGUUUGUAAGUACAACUAGUGUUGUAAUACUCACAAUUGUUGAACAUUUGUUCUUAAAUAUAUCGUCUUCUUGCCUUACAUUAAAUAUCGAAUCUAUGUUUGCGAGAGUCCGAUUUUGAUAAAUUUCGAUCAGAAAGUAGCAUUUAUUUAAGGCGUCAACAUAUUUCGCGUACAUAAACACUGCAACAAAGCUGAAAUAUUUUAUCUUUCGGUAGCUUUAAAAUCCAUUUCUGCGAUUUGCUACACUGAAACUUGAAAUGCAUUCUCUACUGACUUUAACGUUUUAUUAGCAAUAGAAAACGAUGUUCCCAGCUGUGAUCUGCGUUCUGGUGCACCUAGUUGCCGCCUCCCCCUCUGUAGAACCCUACCCAGUGUCUAAGUCUAACCUCUCCACCGCAGCCUCUCUCCCUUCCAUCACCACAAAGAUCACUACCAGCGGUAAAGGGGAACAGUCCAUGCCUCCCUCUGAAACAAUGUCUACAGAGACAAUGACCUACAUGAGUACCACCUCCCCACCUAUCUGGACUACUCCCUCGUACCCUGAUGUUCCUACUGAUGGUACGACUGAUAAAACUGAUGAACCUACAACCCCUGAAAGAGGGUCGGAGGAGGUUACUGAGUCUCCAGUAACUGCUACUGAGCCUUCUAAUGUCACGGAGGAGAAGGAGGAGGAGGAGGAGCAAGGUCCUAGUGCAGCUCAAACUAUACGAUUAUCUGAACUGCUUCUCAGACUUCUAGCUGUCUUUAUUAUUGUUCCCGUUUUACAGUGAGUUAUGCUGACGAACAACUAGACUUUAACAGAACGCCAGAGCCCUGGAGCCCGGCAGGACUCAACAUACAGAGGAACUGACCUGUUCUGGUCCCUGCUCCGACUGGAGAGACCCUGAACGCAGGAGAUGAUGGGGUCGCUGGCAGCCACACAUCCUAGAGUAUCACCCUUCUUACUGUUCUCACUCUGCCCUGAGCUCCGGUGAUGUACUGGUGAGGUGUCACUCUCCUGAAACACCUGGUUAAGAUAUGGAUACAGUGGGUUUUAGUACAAGGACUGGGUUUUAAAUUUUAGUUAACACCCCGCAGAAUAGCUGUGUAACAUCAUGUAUCAUAUGAUAAAACCCUGAUUACCUGAGAUACGGGGUCGUUGCUCCCAAAGUCUAGACAGGAGUGAAAAGAGCCGGAAGGGGGCCGGGUAGUGGCGGGUUUAUUAUCACACGGCAGAGUCACCGUUCUGUUGGGGUGAUAAAACACAGCCUGGCGUCCGGCGUCCGCGUCAAUACUGCAGAUAUGUGUCAUCGUCAAUUACAGUAUCAUCAUUAUCAACAGAACAGGGCUUUUCAUCAGUUACCACAAAUCAUAAUCAUUAACUAGAAAUACCAUGAUCUAUAUGACAUGCUAAUUAACCCCACCUAUUAGCAACCUCCAGUCCACUCACCUAUUAACAGCUUCCAGUCCACUCACCUAUUAACAGCCUCCAGUCCACUCACCUAUUAGCAGCCUCCAGUCCACUGCAGUUGAGUAUCCGGUGAAUGAAGCGUCUGGCCCCGCUUAAACAAGGCAUGUAGUGUUUGACCAUGCCAGUUAUCGAAGCUACUUGUCUGUGAGUGUCGCUGUAUCCGGUUAUCAGGGGGGACACGUAGAUGGGAUAACCUAUAGGGUCGUCACACGAGCUGAGGGGUUUAAGAUAUAUUUCAGUAGUUUUUCAUUUAGGUUACACAUUUUGGAUGAGUAUAGCUGAUUUGGAUUCGUGUUAUGCUUAAAUUUACCUUUUAGAAAAUUAAAAUGCUCAUUGUACAAUGUACAUAGUAUUUGAAAUUUGUUGAGUUAACAUCACUAUAAAACGAUUUAUUGUUUUUAUA